AUGGAACUCCUCAAUCAAAUCCGCCCAUCUACCCGGGCCGCUUGUAACCGCUUGGAACAUGUGAUUCAACCAAUAGUUCUGCGCCGGUCAUCACGAAGAGUUUGGGUGUUGUUGGUGUUGUACGCCUUCCUGGAUGGGGUCCCCGUGACCCCAUCUGUGCUUGGCUGGAGUCGUUUCAAGAAAUGGCGGCUAAUCGAUGUCAGUGGCAUUCGUGCUGUCAGUUUCUUUCCAGAUUGUCUGAUUGAGCGGGCUUUUAAUAUAACUAGACGAACCUUAUGGUUGUACGGCAGUGAAGCAUCAGUGCCAACACUGAUGUUGCUGUCUUUGAUGAUGAUGACGAUUGCACUACUCAUUAGGUUGCUGAAAAUCCGUCGACAGUCCACGACCGGUUUCGCCCUUUUUGGGGCUCAUCAGGCGCAGUCCCCGGGUUUCCGUCAACCUUAUCUUCUACUUGAAACCAAACUGCACGAAAUUAACGAAAUACACUCAUUUGCAAACUCGAUUGGUUUUUCCAGAGACUCACCUGGAACCCAGCUGAAUCCCUCGUUUGUGAUGUUUCCAGCUGGGUUCCAGGCUCAUCAGAUAGACGCAGCUGCCGAGUUUCCGUCACCCUUAUAUAGUAGUGAACCCAAAUUACAAGAAUUUAUCGAAAUACACUCGUUUUUUGGGAGAAUCACCUGGGACAGAGCUGGAUCUCUCGUUUGUAUGAUGUUAAUAAUGUACCAACAGAAAUAUGAAGACGUGUGGGACAGCACAUUCAGUUGCUUAAAAACAUCAUAA